UGACUCUUUACCAACUUACUUGUCUCAAACAACCCUUUUAUCCGGAAUCCAGUAAAUCUCUGACACCCAGAAUUAACCAAAUCUCACCGAUACCCGGAAGCAGACAGAGGCGGUGUGACGUGUCGACGCUGGGACUUUCCGUAUUGACAGGAUUCCGAAACGGUCCUGCGAUUAUCUAACAAAAGAGCAACAUCUGUUAUCCUCACCAAAGAAGGAUAACAUUUUUCUUUUUGUUUUUUGAGUAGUCGAUCAUGGCUGCUUAAACGCCUACAAAAGGGAUGUCCGAGAUGGGGGGAGGGGUUUGAGAGCACAUAUCCCUUGGUCUGUGUGUGUGCGUGUGUGUGUGCGCUUCAUUUAUUAAGUUUAUAAUGUUUGUACACAUAAUCACAAAACACAUGUUUAAGUUUGUAUGUUUAGAAAAUAUAUUAGACAUUUCUCAUCUAAAUGUUCAAUAUAAUACAGUGUAUACUGAUCCUGGGUGAUAGGAUCACAGAUUUAAGGAUGCAUUUUAAUCACACUUUUAAAAAUAGCCCAUCCUUUUUUACUGCACAGGAUGUGUUUUGUUGGACCUAAAUCCACUGGGACUGAAGAAGAAAUAUUGAAAUUUCAGCAGUUAAAUGCUCAGAGGUAGUACUCUCUACUAGGUACAAGCAAAGUGGAUCCAGGUGUAAAUUAUAGCCUUAGGCUAAAUGUAGGGAAUGGGAUGUUUCAGGAAAAUGAAUGACACAAAUGUAGCUUGGGCAUGACAUGCAGUUUGAAUCCAAUACUGUGUGAUGAUGGUGUUGCUGGACGGGUAGUUUUGUUUCUUCUACACUAAGUUUAGCAAUAAGCCAAGCUUUUUUUUUUACUGUCUCUUCAUUGUUUCCUGUCUUUUGAGUUAAGCUCCUUUUCCCCCUGGUCCAUUUAAAUAUUUUCUGUUGCAGUAUGAAUGAGUUUGUGGGUGUGAGAAAGUGAGACCAUGGGUUUUCUCAAACCCCUUUCCCUUUGAAGGACAUCUCUUUUGCCCUUAUAUUUCUAAAACUAAAAAAAUGGAAACUCUUGUUCAACUGAAAAACAACCCGUUUUUGAUGGGUUUGUGUCGCAACGGGCCUCCUCCUGACCUGCAAUACAAUAACUCCUCAGAACUCUUCCGCAUUUCUACCUUUGCUCGAUUCCCUGCUUCGGGAGUCACAGAGCGUAGUCUGGCGAGGGCAGGUUGGUUCUACACCGGCGUGGGCGACCGGGUGCAGUGUUUCAGGUGCAACGUGACGGCAGAGGGCUGGCAGGCUGGAGACUGUCCAACAGAGAAACACAGACAGCUCUCUCCUUCCUGCUCCUUCAUCCAGAGCCUCCCGUCUACAGCCAAUCUGCUCUCCUCCUCUCACUCCGCCUUCUCCCCACUACGCAUUGCCCCGGCCAUACCAAUUUCUGGUCAAGGCCUAGCAGCUCCUAACCUGACAGUAAGCCAAGGUGAAGAGGCAGUUGGCUACCUAAAUAUGGGCUUCUCUGCUCCACCACCCUCCAGCCCACUCAGCUCUCGUGGUGUAGAGGACAUGUCCCACCAGAGACCAACAUGCCACAACCCCAGCAUGCGCAGGGAGCAGGACCGCCUGGACACUUUCCACCCCUGGACGAUCUCCAUCAUAACUCCAGCUGAGCUCGCCAAGGCAGGCUUCUACUACCUGGGCCCGAUCGACCGAGUGGCCUGCUUCAGCUGUGGUGGACAGCUGAGUAACUGGCAGCCAGGUGACAGAGCCGUAUCCGAGCACCAGAGGCAUUAUCCAAACUGCAGAUUUGUGCGUGGGGACAGAGCUGACAACGUGUCGCUGGCUGGAGCUGUGUCUCAACUGUCUUCAGGAGCUGCAGCCCUCAGUAAUGUGUCUAACCCUGCCAUGCAGCAGAGCGACGAGAGGCUGCUCACUUUUGUCAACUGGCCUUCUCGUAUCCCUGUCAGGCCUGACCAGCUGGCUAAAGCUGGCUUCUACUAUGUAGGCCGCAACGAUGAUGUCAAGUGUUUCUGCUGCGAUGGAGGCCUACGAUGCUGGGAGUCGGGAGAUGAUCCAUGGGUGGAACAUGCUAAAUGGUUCCCUAGGUGUGAAUAUUUGCUCCAGGAGAAGGGACAAGAGUUUGUUCACCAGAUUCAGGCUCGCUUCCCUCGGCUGUUUGAGCAGCUUUUAACAACUAGAGACAGCAGCUCCAGAGAGUUUGUGGAUCCACCUGUGGUUCACCUCGGUCCAGGAGAGGAGCGAUCCGAGGACGCUGUCAUGAUGAACACUCCUGUGAUUAAGUCUGCUUUAGAGAUGGGCUUCGAGCGUGGUCUAGUCAAGCAAACAGUCCAAAGCAAGAUCCUGACCAGUGGAGAGAACUACAGAACAGUCCAGGAGCUGGUUUUAGACCUGCUGAGCGCCGAGGACCAGAAAAGGGAGGAGGAGCGAGAGAUGCUGGCGGAGGCGAUGGCAUCAGAUGGUUUCACAUUUGUGAAGAGACACCAGGCAGCGUUGGUCCAGCGUCUAAAGAGUGUGGAGCCAGUGCUGGAGCAUUUAAGAGAGCAAAAUGUUUUAUCUACCGAGGAGUAUAGCAGUCUUAAGGCCCAGACGUCGCCCCAGCAGCAAACCGCCAGGCUGAUAGAGCUCGUUCUCUCCAAGGGAAACGCUACAGCAGAGGUCUUUCGCAACUGGAUCCAGAAAAAUGAUGUCCACCUGCUCAGAGAUCUCAUGGCCCAAUCAAACGAAGCUGCAUCACCAAGUCAAGAUCUUUCAGACCUCCCCAUGGAGGAGCAGCUGCGGCGUCUGCAGGAGGAGCGUACCUGCAAGGUGUGUAUGGAUAAAGAAGUCAACAUUGUCUUCAUCCCAUGUGGACAUCUGGUGGUGUGCAAAGAGUGCGCGCCAUCACUGCGAAAGUGCCCAAUCUGCAGAGGCCUGGUCAAAGGCACGGUCCGAACCUUCCUCUCAUAACCAGGAUCAAGACGCAUUCCCUCAGUCUCACAGCGAUGUGAUCGAAUGUAAGCAAUAUGAUACAGGUUUAUAUACAGCUGACAGACAUAACAUUAUAGGGACAUAGACAUUACAUAAUUUAUAUUACUAUUACUGCUUCUAUUACUGCAUUUAUCAUUAUAUUAUAUUAUAUCCAUUGCUGCUAUUGUUAGUAGUAGUUGUCAUAUUUUUGUUAUUAUGACUGCUGUUGUUAUGGUCAUUCUAAUAUAUGCAUUAUAUUAUGCUGGUACUACUCUUUUCUAUGUUUCUCUGUUUCUUUCUUUCUUUCUUUCUUUCUUUCUUUCUUUCUUUCUAGGGAUGUUCAUAAUUAUCAUAAUUAAUUAUUUAACCCUUAACCAACAAUGAUCAUUUUGACCAAUCAAUGCUAUCAGAAAAGCAGUUAAAAUUAUUAUCAAAUUUAAAAAAGAAACCUGACCGAAACUCAAAGAAGGCUUGUCACUUAAAGCAGAUUAGCUGGUUCACCCUAGAGGUCAGCCCACCUUAAAUAAGCCUUGGCCAUUGUCUUCCCUAGCUUCAUGGAUAUCUCCCUUCACAUCAGCAGGGGGCAAGCAAACACAAGAACUUUGCUUGGGUCAUGAGGAGGUGUAGCAUUUAUUUGCCGACAAAUAAACUUUACACACAAAGUAAUCUAAAUUGACAUCCCCUAUCUCUCUCCGUCUCUUUUUCUCUCACUUUCAACCCAACCGGGCGAGGAAGAUCGAUAACUUCUGUUAUGAUUUGACGCUUUAUAAAUAAAUAGAAUUUGAUUAUUUUAUCUGAUAGAGAUGUAAGAAUGCAGUUGAUUGGAAUGUUCAGUACAAAUCUCUGUUUAAUAUCUGAUUUAAUCUCAGAUCAUAGAACAUUAUUUAAUCAUUAUUAUAUAUUAUUGUUUUAUUACAACUGGGAAAUGUCUUUGUUUAAAACUAGUGCCAUACUGUUAAUGUAUGUUUUCAGUAAUGUAUGUUUUCAGUAAAUAUCACAAUAUGGAAAAUGUAUGAAAAA